AUGCAAAACGCGGAGGUGCCAAGCGCCAGCAAUUCACACUGCUCUAACCUACUCAGCAGCAAUUUGAAACCGCAACAUAACUGGUUCACGGACUCAACGACUAACAAUUUCGCUCAUAGAGCUAAUGAAAAGUGAGAUUUACUGUUGAAAUAAAUAUAUAAUUUUCAUUUCAUUUUUUUCAGUAAUGUCGUCUAUACUGCUCCGAUUUCAGUUAGACCAAAAACUCGCGAACCACAAACUUUCACUGAUAACAGGUGAGCUUUAUCAAAAUCUAGUUUUGAAUGAACUAAUCUUGAUUUUUCAGAAUAUAUGUGAGCAACAUCCCAUUCUCGUUCAGAGAACAAGAUUUAGCAUCAAUGUUUUAUGUGUAUGGAAAAGUUUUGAGUGUUGAGAUUGUAACAAAUGACAGAGGAUCAAAAGGUUUCGGAUUCGUUACUUUGGAUUCAAUCGAAGCUUGCGAGAAAGCUCGCGCAGAUUUACACGAAUCGCAUGUUCAAGGAAGAAUCAUUGAAGUUCGUCGUGCUACUCCAACAAGAAGAAAGAUUACAAACACAACACAGAUGGAAGUUAUGCCACCUCCAAAACUUUGCGUUGAUCUUCGUGCACCACAUUCUUCAUGGCGAACUGAACCGUUCGAUGCAAAUGCCCCAACUUAUCAUCAAGCAUUUGUUACAACUUCACAACCUUUCCAAGCUAGACGACCAUUUGGAUUACUCAACGAAUCUAGAAAAUGUAUGAGACAUGCCGAUUUGAAAUUAUCAUUGAAUGGUGAUUAUUAUAUGAAAAAUGGUGAACCAACUACUGACAAUAGCCUUUUGAUGUGUAUUGGUGGAGGAGAUUGUAAAGGAAAUCAUCAGGUAAUUUUGAAGAAAAAAAUCAAUUGAUAAUUUUUUGCAAUGAUGAGAAUCAUGCUAAUCAUGAAAAAGCUUCGUUUGCUUUAUCCCAUGUUGCAAAAAACCAACUCUGAGCAAAAUUUCAAUUUCAGUUUUAAGAUGGUUUCAUGCAUUAGUUUCAGAAAGUUUUGAUUUUUUCAGAAUGAAGCUGUCAAUGUUUCUGCAUCUGAAGUUGAAUUCCCAGAAAUGUUCCAAAAUCAUAUUCAUGAUCAAAUAAAUUCAUUGCUUGAUACUUCAAAUAAUCAACCACGCCGUGCUGAUUCUGUUGGAUCAACUGGUGUCAGAACUUCGGAGAGUGAAACUGCUUCAGGUAAUUUCGAAGUAUCAUAAACUAAAAAAUCCUCGAAUUUUCCAGACGAUGAACAUAAUUCAUGGACACCAAACCGUAGUCCAGAUUUGCUUGCUUCACUUUAUGAGGGAUCAACAUCAUUCCACUAA